AUGAGGCCAACGAAUGUCACUUCUACCAUGGUGUCCCGAAAUCCUGCUAGCGAAAAUUUCCCGCUAGUUUCUUCAGCGCUCUCGCCGAUUCCUUUCACACCUAACCGGAGCUUAUCGCUCCAGUUUAAGGGUGAGAGGAUUUGUGAUGAAUCUGUUCAGCGACAACUCGAACAGAGAAUUGACUUGUUAAAGCACAAUAUAAACUCACAGUCGAAACUAAACUUUUUGCUGGAGAGCGACAUAAGAGAUCUCGAUAGUCGAAUCGCCUUACUUAUUGCCAACCGCAUGGCACUAGAUGAAUUUGACUACCCACAAGUAGGAAAAAAUGAGUGCCGAUGUCACAUCUUGGACGAUAAACGACUUCAACUUUAUUCCAUCCUUUUUCACAUAUUGGUUACUGAACCCAGGCAUAUCGCAACAUUGUGCUCACUUGUAUCCCUAACUGAGAUGGACAUGUUUCUACAAACGGUAAUGUUUACAAUUUAUGCGAAUCAGUGCGAUGAAUAUGAAGAGCACUUGCUGCUCACUGUAUUUCAGUUUGUGCUCUCUACUCAAUUUAAAACAUCUCAUGAUUUUAGCACCGUUAUGAGAGCCAACACGCCUAUCUCACGUAUGAUGUCAACCUACACAAGACGAGGGGCUGGGCAAACAUAUUUAAAAAAUGUACUAUCAAGGCACGUUCAUACGGUUUUACAGACUCCGACCAGUCUGGACCUCGAUCCUGCGCAUGUAUUACAUGAGCUUGUGCGAGAGGGUGCGAUCAGCGGCAAUCCUGAAUGUGUCACUCUAGAUCAUCCCAUGGUGCAAGAAAGAAUCGAGGCACGAAGCUCCUUUUUAAUGCACAUCGCCAAUGCAGUCGUGAAUGAUAUUAUUACUUCCGUCGACCUUGUGCCAUACGGUAUUCGCUGGAUCUGCAAACAAAUUAAAAGUCUCACUAGAAAAAAAGACCCCGAUGCCUGUGCGGACGUUAUUUUCUCUUUAAUUGGUUCUUUCUUUUUCUUGCGUUAUGUAAAUGUUGCUAUCGUAUCACCCCAGCUAUACUUGCUCAACGUCGAAUCUGGUUCCAAGCAUGGUCAUCGCGCCUUGGUCCUUGUAGCAAAAAUGCUGCAGUACCUUGUUAACAAUCCAUCACAUGAAAAAGGCUGCAUGAUGAGGCUUUUGAAAUCAUUCACAGAUAUUAAUCGCCAUCGAUUAACUAUGUUUCUGAAUUCGCUUUGCAACGUGGAUGACUUUUAUGGGUCACUGGAGAUUCAUCAUUACAUGGCUCUGUCUAAGUCCGACAGGAGACUUCACAUCUCGAUAAAUGAGCUAUUUUUCAUGCACGCCCUUGUGAAGAAAUACUUGAAUGUUUUGGCUCCAGAUCGUGGCACCCAUCUUGGACAAAUCAUUGAAGAGCUGGGUAGAUCUCCGAAUCAAUUAACGCGGAAUGAAAAUUACACUAUUGAUUUGGCACUUUUUAGUCGAUGGGAAACUCCAAAGCAUGACCUCGCGUCUACCUUAAUGAUCGAGAAUAACAUGACAUCAAGUGACAUACUUUACAUUGAAACCAAGACGCUCUUCGUCGAAAUAAUGAGACUGACUUCCUGUCGGACUAGGCCCACUAACCUUUCAGAAUUGGCGAGGAACGCAGCAAGAUCUGGGAUUAAAUAUUUGGAAGCUCUUGGCCGCCGUGCAUCUACAAAGCUGAAUGAGCUUGAGGAGCUUCGAAUUCUCCAUGAAGACAUUCAGAAAGAUCUGAUGAUUGACGAAAUUCAUACUGACUUUACGUGCCUAUCACAAAUUAAUGGGUUGAGUAAACUCACAGAGGAUGAGAAAAAUCUGAAUUCUGUUCUCAAUGCUUUGAAAGAGCAUCAUGCUUUUUUGCAAAUGCAGCUUAAGACAUACAAUGACUACUUGAAAAAUAUCUGCCAAGCUUCUAACACAUUAAGAGGAACAGGUGCAAACAGCGCCUUUGGGUCGUGGUCAUUCUGA